AUGUCCUAUAACGGCCAUCCAAGCGGUAACCAACCGCCCUAUGGCGAACAACCGCCCUAUGGGGAACAACCAGCCUACGAUGAGUAUGGCCAACCUAUCUACGCAUCGAACGAUGCUUACUAUGAUCCAAAUGUGUCAGGUGACCCAUAUGGCAACUAUGAUCCAGACCAGAUGGACUACAGCGCUGGUCCAGAUGGACUCUAUAACCAGCCUCGUGGUCCAGGUCAACAACCUGAGAAUUUCUCGGAUUUUAGCAGUUAUGGUCCACCCGGUACUCCCGGUUACGAUUCCUACGCUGGGAAUGGUCAAUAUACACCUUCGCAGAUGAGUUAUGGUGAGCCUAGAUCUUCUGGUGCUUCCACUCCUAUCUACGGAGGUGAAGGGUAUGAUCCUGCUGCUAUUGCCAUGGCUCUGCCCAACGAACCAUAUCCUGCUUGGACUGCUGAUAAUCAGUCUCCAGUGGCUAUUGAACAGAUCGAAGAUAUUUUCAUCGAUUUGACCAAUAGAUUUGGUUUCCAAAGAGACUCUAUGAGAAACAUGUUUGAUCAUUUUAUGACUCUUUUGGAUUCUCGUGCUUCGAGAAUGUCUCCAGAACAAGCUCUAUUGUCUGUCCAUGCGGAUUAUGUUGGUGGUGAUACUGCUAACUACAAGAAAUGGUAUUUCGCUGCACAACUGGAUAUGGAUGAUGAUGUGGGUUUCAGAAAUAUGUCUCUCGGUAAAUUGUCUAGAAAGGCAAGAAAGGCAAAGAAGAAGAAUAAGAAAGCUAUCGAAGAAAGUAACCCUGAAGAUACAGAGGCUACUCUGAACCAAUUGGAAGGUGACAACUCUUUGGAAGCAGCGGAUUUCAGAUGGAAGGCAAAGAUGAAUCAGAUGUCACCUCUUGAAAAAGUACGUCAAAUUGCUCUGUAUUUGCUGUGUUGGGGUGAAGCUAACCAGGUCAGAUUCACUUCCGAAUGUCUGUGUUUCAUUUACAAGUGUGCUUUGGAUUAUUUGGAUUCGCCUUUGUGUCAACAAAGAGCUGAACCAAUGCCAGAAGGUGAUUUCCUAAAUAGAGUCAUCUCUCCACUUUACCGUUUCUUAAGAGAUCAAGUUUAUCAAAUUGUCGAUGGUCGCUUCGUUAAGCGCGAAAAAGAUCAUAACAGAAUUAUCGGUUACGAUGAUGUCAACCAAUUGUUCUGGUAUCCAGAAGGUAUUGCAAAGAUCGUCUUUGAAGAUGGUACUAGAUUGAUUGAUCUUGGUGUCGAAGAACGUUAUUUGAGAUUAGGUGAUGUAGUUUGGGAUGAUGUUUUCUUUAAGACUUUCAAAGAGACUCGUUCUUGGUUGCACAUGGUUACCAAUUUCAACCGUAUUUGGGUCAUUCAUGCUUCAGUUUACUGGAUGUAUGCUGCUUAUAACGCUCCAACUUUUUACACUCACAACUAUCAACAAUUGGUCGAUAACCAGCCUGUACCAGCGUACAGAUGGGGUUCGGCUGCUUUAGGUGGUGCUUUGGCAUCUCUGAUUCAGAUGUUCGCUACUAUCUGUGAAUGGACUUUUGUUCCCAGAAAUUGGGCUGGUGCUCAACAUUUGACUCGUCGUUUUCUAUUAAUCUGUGUGAUCUUCGGUAUUAAUUUGGGUCCAAUUAUCUUUGUCUUUGCUUAUGAAAAGGAUACCGUUUAUUCUACAGCAGGCCAUGCCGUUGCAGCGGUGACGUUCUUUAUCGCUGUCGGUACAAUCAUCUUCUUCGCAAUCAUGCCAUUAGGUGGGUUGUUCACUCCUUAUAUGAAGAAAUCAACUAGACGUUACGUUGCAUCUCAAACUUUUACUGCUUCUUUCGCACCAUUGACAGGUAUCGAUAUGUGGCUAUCCUACUUGGUUUGGGUCACUGUCUUUGCAGCCAAAUACGCAGAAUCCUAUUUCUUCUUGAUUUUGUCGUUGAGAGAUCCAGUCAGAAUUUUGUCCACAAUGACCAUGAGAUGUACCGGUGAAACCUGGUGGGGCGCUAAGCUUUGUAGACAACAACCAAAGAUCGUCCUAGGUUUAAUGAUCGCUACUGAUUUCGUGCUGUUCUUCUUGGAUACCUAUUUGUGGUAUAUUAUCGUUAACACCGUCUUCUCCGUCGGUAAGUCCUUCUGGUUAGGUAUUUCUAUCUUAACACCAUGGAGAAAUAUCUUCACCAGAUUACCAAAGAGAAUUUACUCCAAGAUCUUGGCUACCACCGACAUGGAAAUUAAGUACAAGCCAAAGGUGUUGAUCUCCCAAGUUUGGAACGCUAUCGUGAUCUCCAUGUACAGAGAACAUCUGUUGGCUAUUGACCAUGUUCAAAAAUUGCUAUAUCACCAAGUUCCUUCUGAGAUUGAAGGUAAGAGAACCUUGAGAGCUCCAACUUUCUUUGUUUCUCAGGAUGAUAACAAUUUUGAAACUGAGUUUUUUCCAAGAAAUUCUGAAGCUGAGAGACGUAUCUCUUUCUUCGCUCAAUCUUUGUCUACUCCUAUCCCUGAACCUUUGCCCGUUGAUAACAUGCCAACUUUCACCGUGUUGACUCCUCACUACGCUGAAAGAAUCCUGCUGUCUUUGAGAGAAAUUAUUCGUGAAGAUGAUCAAUUCUCAAGAGUCACUCUAUUGGAAUAUUUGAAACAAUUGCACCCUGUCGAGUGGGAAUGUUUUGUUAAGGAUACCAAAAUCUUGGCUGAGGAAACAGCUGCAUACGAGGGCGCUGAAGAAGGUGGUGAUAAGGAAGACGCUUUGAAAUCACAAAUUGAUGAUUUGCCAUUUUACUGUAUUGGUUUCAAAUCUGCUGCUCCAGAAUACACUUUGCGUACACGUAUUUGGGCUUCUUUGAGAUCACAAACUUUAUACCGUACCGUCUCUGGGUUCAUGAAUUAUGCAAGAGCCAUCAAACUGUUAUACCGUGUUGAAAAUCCUGAGAUUGUUCAAAUGUUCGGUGGUAACGCUGAAGGUUUGGAAAGAGAAUUGGAAAAAAUGGCAAGAAGAAAGUUCAAGUUCUUGGUCUCCAUGCAAAGAUUGGCCAAGUUUAAACCACAUGAAUUGGAAAAUGCUGAAUUCUUGUUGAGAGCUUACCCAGAUUUACAAAUUGCUUAUUUGGAUGAAGAACCUCCAUUAAACGAAGGUGAAGAUCCAAGAAUUUACUCUGCUUUGAUCGAUGGUCACUGUGAAAUUUUGGAGAACGGGCGUAGACGUCCUAAAUUCAGAAUUCAAUUGUCUGGUAACCCUAUUCUUGGUGAUGGUAAAUCUGAUAAUCAAAAUCAUGCUUUGAUCUUUUACAGAGGUGAAUACAUUCAAUUGAUCGAUGCUAACCAGGAUAACUAUCUGGAAGAAUGUUUGAAGAUUAGAUCUGUCUUGGCUGAAUUCGAAGAAUUGAACGUCGAGAUGGUAAACCCUUACGCUCCGGAUCUAAAAUACGAAGAGCAAAUCACUAACCAUCCAGUGGCUAUUGUCGGUGCUAGAGAAUACAUUUUCUCUGAAAACUCUGGUGUUCUUGGUGAUGUUGCAGCUGGUAAGGAACAAACUUUUGGUACUUUGUUCGCACGUACUUUGGCUCAAAUUGGUGGUAAACUGCAUUACGGUCACCCCGAUUUUAUCAAUGCCACUUACAUGACGACAAGAGGUGGUGUCUCUAAGGCACAGAAGGGUCUACAUCUGAACGAAGAUAUUUAUGCUGGUAUGAACGCGGUGUUGCGUGGUGGUCGUAUCAAGCACUGUGAAUAUUAUCAAUGUGGUAAAGGUAGAGAUUUGGGUUUCGGUACAAUUUUGAAUUUCACCACCAAGAUUGGUGCUGGUAUGGGUGAACAAAUGCUUUCGCGUGAAUACUACUACUUGGGUACCCAAUUACCAAUUGAUCGUUUCCUGUCCUUCUACUAUGCUCACCCUGGUUUCCAUUUGAACAACUUGUUCAUUCAAUUGUCGUUGCAAUUGUUCAUGUUGACUUUAGUUAAUAUGAAUUCUUUGGCCCACGAAUCCAUCAUUUGUAAGUAUGACAAGUUCAAGCCAAUCUACGAUCCUUUGUAUCCCCUCGGCUGUUACAACUUAUCUCCUGUCAUUGAUUGGGUAAGACGUUACACACUUUCUAUCUUCAUCGUCUUCUUUAUUGCUUUCAUUCCUAUUGUAAUUCAAGAGUUGAUCGAACGUGGAUUGUGGAAGGCUACUCAAAGAUUUUUCCGUCACAUCCUCUCCUUAUCUCCUAUGUUUGAAGUGUUUGCUGGUCAAAUUUAUUCUGCCGCUUUAUUGAGUGAUUUGAGUGUCGGUGGCGCUCGUUACAUUUCGACUGGUCGUGGUUUCGCCACAGCUCGUAUUCCAUUUUCUAUUCUUUAUUCCAGAUUUGCUGGCUCGGCUAUUUACAUGGGUUCUAGAUCUAUGCUGAUGUUGUUAUUCAGUACCAUUGCCCACUGGCAAGCUCCAUUAUUAUGGUUCUGGGCCUCUCUGUCAUCCCUAAUGUUUUCACCAUUCCUCUUCAACCCUCAUCAAUUCUCGUGGGAAGAUUUUUUCUUAGAUUACAGAGAUUACAUCAGAUGGCUAUCCAGAGGUAAUAACAAAUAUCACAGAAACUCCUGGAUUGGUUACGUCAGAAUGUCUAGAUCACGUAUUACUGGUUUCAAGCGCAAGAUGAUUGGUGAUGAAUCCGAAAAGGCCGCCGGUGAUGCACACAGAGCUCACAGAACCAACUUGAUCUUCUCGGAAAUAAUUCCAUGUGCUGUCUACGCUGCUGGUUGUUUUGUUGCGUUCACUUUCAUCAAUGCCCAGACGGGUGUCAAAACCACUGACGCUGACAGAGUCAAUUCCACCUUGCGUGUUAUUAUUUGUACUUUGGCCCCAAUUGUCAUUGACCUUGGUGUUUUGUUCUUCUGUAUGGGUAUGUCAUGUUGCUCAGGUCCAUUAUUCGGCAUGUGCUGCAAGAAAACCGGUUCAGUUAUGGCUGGUAUAGCUCAUGGUAUCGCGGUUGUAAUUCACAUUGCGUUCUUCAUCGUCAUGUGGGUCUUGGAAGGUUUCAACUUUGCAAGAAUGUUGUUGGGUGUCGUCACCUGUAUUCAAUGUCAAAGGUUGAUUUUCCAAUGUAUCACCGUUUUUAUGUUGACUCGUGAAUUUAAGAAUGAUCAUGCAAACACUGCAUUCUGGACUGGUAAAUGGUAUGGUUCUGGUAUGGGUUACAUGGCAUGGACCCAGCCAAGUAGAGAAAUGGCCGCUAAAGUGGUUGAACUAUCAGAAUUCGCCGCUGAUUUCGUUCUAGGCCAUGUUCUGUUGUUCUGUCAAUUGCCGCUUUUGAUCAUUCCUGGUAUUGACAAGUUCCAUUCUAUCAUGUUAUUUUGGUUGAAACCUUCUCGUCAAAUCCGUCCUCCAAUUUAUUCUCUAAAGCAAACUCGUUUGCGUAAGCGGAUGGUGAAGAAGUACAGUGCACUAUAUUACAUCAUUCUACUGUUGUUUGCUGCCUGUAUUGUUGGUCCAGCAGUCGCUUCAAGUAAGGUUGAUCAGAAUAUCGGUAGCUCGCUGACUGGUACCUUUGCUAAUCUUGUCCAACCAAGAAACAGAACAAAUGACGAUACCGGUAGUACAAUGACGACACAAUCCGGCCAUUAUUACUCAUCGACACCUUCCAUUGCGUCCUAUUCAACCAUUAAAUGA